CAGCGAGCAGUGGGCGGAGUCUGCCGUCCAUCUUUAAUGUACUGGACAGAAGGGGACUGACGAGCUGAAAACAUUACCAAAUUUGAAAUAAGUAAUUGGCGGAUAUUUUGGUCGUGGCUGUCACAUAGAGAUACUGACGAAUAUUACACACGUUUGAAAAAGUGACAGAAGGUAUGAAGACAGUAUCAUAGCGAAGCCAUGGCUGAUAAGAGAAAACUUCAAGGUGAAAUAGAUCGAUGUUUGAAAAAAGUUGCUGAAGGCGUCGAACAGUUUGAAGACAUUUGGAAAAAGCUUCACAAUGCAGCCAAUGCCAACCAGAAGGAAAAAUAUGAGGCAGAUCUCAAAAAAGAGAUUAAAAAGCUUCAGCGGCUAAGAGAUCAGAUUAAGACAUGGGUGGCAUCCAAUGAGAUCAAAGACAAACGGCAGCUAGUGGAGAACCGCAAGCUUAUUGAAACGCAAAUGGAGCGCUUUAAGGUGGUUGAAAGAGAAACCAAGACAAAAGCCUAUUCUAAAGAGGGGCUGGGCUUGGCUCAGAAAGUGGACCCAGCACAGAAAGAGAAGGAGGAAACGGAACAGUGGCUCACGAACACAAUAGACACUUUGAACAUGCAGGUGGACCAGUUUGAGAGUGAAGUUGAGUCCCUCUCUGUUCAAACACGAAAGAAGAAAGGAGACAAGGAGAAGCAGGAUCGGAUUGAGGAGCUAAAGAGGUUAAUCGAGAGACACCGGUAUCACAUUCGUAUGUUAGAGACCAUCUUGAGGAUGCUGGAUAAUGAUUCGAUCCAGGUUGAAGCUAUCCAUAAGAUCAAAGAUGAUGUUGAAUACUACAUUGACUCUUCGCAAGACCCAGAUUUCGAAGAGAAUGAGUUCCUCUAUGAUGAUCUGGACUUGGAAGAUAUACCGGCAGCCUUGAUGGCGACGUCACCUCAGGGCCAUAUUGAAGAUGAAAUGUUCCUUCAGUCCAGCAGCACACCGACCUCCACCACUUCCUCUUCUCCCAUCCCUCCAUCUCCUGCUACAGGCACAACGGAGAUUUCAGAGGAUAAGAGAGGUCGAUCGACAGACAGUGAAGUCAGUCAGAAUCAUACAGAUUUGGAACAACAUGAGGAAAUGACAGAAAUGUCAUUUUGGUCUCCUGUGAAGAACGGCAACCCAUCUCUCUCGUCCUUCUCCUCGUCCGCCUCCUCAGGCUCCUCCUCCUCCUCCUCUUCGCUGGUUUCCAUGGCUACUGUUGUCGGGGCCUGCACAGCCGUCUCCGGGGGCAGCAAUCUGCUGGGAAGCUUUAGCAGUGCAGUGCAGCAGCAUUCUUCUCAGUCUCAACAGCAAGCACAGGUCAAACUCUCCUCGACAUCCGUACCCUCCAACAACACACCUAGCCCACCUAGCCACCCCACACUACCUGCCUCCACUACUACUUCUCUGCCCAGUUCCAGCACAUCUGGCCCAGUUACUUCCAAUUCCCAGUCCCAGGCUUCAACAGUACCUGGGCUCGAGGGCUCUAGACUGGGUUUGGGCCUGGGGAAAGGGGGUGUGACGGUCACCAGCAGCAGUAGUGUGGCUCACAUGCCAGGUCUGGGCAUGGCAAGCAUGUCUAGUUCUCUCAACAUGGCAGGGCUUCUCUCAGGCUCUACCCCUGCCCCCUAUGCCCAGGCAGCUGCAGGUGGAACAGCAGGUAGUACUUCCAGUGGUUCAGUGGGGAGCAGCAGUGGUAGUUCUGGCAUAUCUGUACCGAGUGGAGGUGCAGGGGGAGCAAGCACAGGCGCGACCAGUAACGGUACGGGUACAGGGGCAAGUAUGGGCUUGCUAGGAUCCAGUCCAGGUCACGGGUCCUUAACCGGAGGGAUUUUGAACCUGGUACCGGGGCAGACGGCUCUCCACGGGUCUGCGCAGGUACCCAUAAGCCCUGUGGGCACAACACCUGGAGGAGGAACUGGAGAGAGUGUAUUGGGUGGGAAUGGAAGCAGUUCUGUCUCGAGUGGAGGCGUUACAAACGUAGCUCCUGCAAGACCCCCCAGUGGCCUCAAACAAAACGGUGCAACCAGUUACAGUGCUGUGGUUGCAGACAACACACCAGACUCCUCACUCAGCAGUGCCAGCCAAUCACAAAACAGCCAUUCCUCGUCCUCAAGCUCAUCAACCAAUCAAACUCUGGAUAAUGGCCCCAGUUUAUUGAGUUCUAUCACUCUACCCCCCUCCUCCCCAUCACCUGCUUUCAAUGACAGCACACCUGGUGGUGGGAGUUUGCUAAACGGCCCACACUCCUACACACCAAACACAGAAGCCAUCAAGGCUCCUGAGCCACCAAGCUCUCUAAAAGCUAUGGCAGAGCGAGCUGCACUAGGAUUGGCACUGGAUGGAGAAAUCCCACCCUUAGAGCUGUUCUCAACAUCCUCAGCUCCACCUGGACCCACAACAGCCCCUCAGCCUGCUGUUUCAGAGGUCAACCUGCCGCCAUCUUUAGGGGCAUGUCCGCUAGGCCCCACCCCCCUCACUAAAGAGCAGCUUUACCAACAGGCAAUGCAGGAGUCAGCAUGGACACACAUGCCUCACCCAUCCGAUUCAGAGAGAAUCAGGCAGUACCUGAUGAGAAACCCCUGCCCUACACCGCCAUUCCACCACCAGGUGCCCCCGCAUCAUUCGGACUCUAUUGAGUUCUACCAGAGAUUGUCCACUGAAACACUCUUCUUCAUAUUCUACUACCUGGAGGGCACAAAGGCACAGUACCUGUCGGCUAAAGCACUGAAGAAGCAAUCGUGGAGGUUCCACACCAAAUACAUGAUGUGGUUCCAACGGCACGAGGAACCCAAGACCAUCACUGAUGAGUUUGAACAGGGCACGUACAUUUACUUUGACUAUGAAAAGUGGGGCCAGAGAAAAAAGGAAGGAUUUACGUUUGAGUACAGAUACCUGGAAGACCGAGACCUGCAGUGACUGACGGAGGAAGUGAAGGAGAGAGAGAGAGAGAGAGAGAGAGAGAGAUCGCUACGACAGAGAUAACGCUGCUGUUGACAUUCCGAGAUGAACUCCAUGUCGUGGUUAAAGUUGGAUGUGAAGUUGGCCUUUUUCUUUAAAAGAGAGAGAGAGUAGGGGGUCGAGUGCCUGUUUACAUGCAAACAUUUGAACCUCCUUUAACUGAGUCUUUAUCCCCUUCAUUUCUGUUCUAACUGAAACCCCCCCACAUAGCCAAGCGACAGAAAUAAAUGGAAACGAUUUGGUUUAGGAUGCCACAGACAAAACAUUUUGCUCGUAGUUUGUGUUUGGUGGAGUGCUGCAUUAGCAAGUCUUAUCCUCUUAGAUGACAUAUACUGACUAUGAUGUACCGGCACUAUGCGAGAACCCGAGUUUAAUACAUUGAUUGGUUGUUCUUAGUUCAUUGAGCCCCUCUGGGAGUGUUUAGGCACUGUGACUUUGCCUUGCGAGAUAAUGUGUCGACCAUUAAAUUGCUAUGCAAUUGAAUUCCUCUCGACCUCCCUACCUUUAUCAUUACCUAAAUGUGGUUUUGCUAGACCGCAGAAAAGUUGGCGUCGAUAGGGUAAUGUUCUGUAGCAUCUAUCUUACAUAUGUUCACAAGCAAGGUGGGUUGACGUUGUCAGCCUUCAAAGUGGCGUGUGAUUAUUUGUCUGUUAAACAUGGCAUGAGUGAUCUCACUUCAAAAAUAUCUAAUAAAAAGACAAAGAUUAAAAUAUGUACAAGUUAAAAACCUUAUUUUUCUUUCUUUCAGUGUCCUUUAGGUUGUCCAUGGCUGAAUAUUUUUGUUGUGUGGAAGUGUGCAUGUAAAGUAAAACAAAAACCUUCCUGUUAUUUUUGAAGUCACAUCUCGAAUUUAAUCUCACAUACCCUGCUGGACAGUUUUCCUUAUUAAAAAACAAAAAAAAAUCAUUGUUCUGUUACUCCAUUUAUCAGGCAAAGCUUUUUAAAACACCCCACAUUGUGACAUGAUCCCAUGCGACUUUCCAUUCAUUUCAGUUUCCUCUAUUGUUUGGGGAGAACAACAGGCUUGACCAACACACAAUAUGAUAUUAAUGUGAUGAGAUGGAAAAGUAUUUUUGAUGCACAGGGCAGCUGUUUGCAUUUAUCUAUUUCUCUCUGAUAAUAAAACAAAUACCAUCAUCCUUGCCUUUUUGACAUGGACAGGACAGCAUGCGAUUGUGAUGUCGCUUCGUAGGUUGAGAGGAAACAAAAAAAAACAGAGUUGUAAAAUUUCAAUAAAAUACUUUUGUGAUGCA